UGGGAGCGCGCGACGGCGGUGAUGGGAGGGUUGGGUGGUGAGGGUGAUUACUGGGUUUGUAGAUCGAUUUGGCUGGUAUGGACAAGUUGAUGCUCGGUAGUUUCCGUUGAUGUCCCGAAGUGUCGGGCUUCGGUGAUCCGCCUGCGGUUGACCUCCUUACCACGACGGGGUCCACAUCGGGACCGGGGGUUAUUUGCAGGCGUCUUGGCGGUGGCACACAGACCAGGGCAUGACAUCCAACGAACCAGUCCAGCGGCUCCCGUUUUGGUAAGCUGGUCGUCCUUCUCUUUUGGUUACUUCGAAGUCAAUUCUCCAUCGGUUUGAUCAUCAUGUCGACAAGAUACAGAAAGCUCGAGGAGCCGAAAUGACGCUCAAAAACACAAACAAAAGGAUUGGCCUGUUCCCGAGAUGCACAGGACGGACCCAAUGACGCAGUGAGGCUCCUGGACGGGAUGUCGGUUGCAGGAAAGAGCGGGGUGGUGGGGGUGAGAGAGGGGCACUUGUCAAUUUAGGGGCCCCUCCCCCUUCAGCUCUGCCCUAUGAGGCCGAGCCAGAGCCCCGUCUCGUCAAGUUGUUGUUUGAGUUGGGCGACACCCUUUGUUGCCAAAGUUCAGUGUUACCCUCCGUUGUCGCCCAAGAAUUCUUGUUGUGCAAAGACGGCCUUGCAUAGGUGGAUGAACGAAGAGAAGAGACCUAACCACCAUUCAGCACAAGCGGCACUUUGCUUGGUUGGUUGGUGGCUGGACUGGACUAUCGUCAGAGCAUCACCCCAAGGACAAAACACCUUUUCUCUCUCUCAAACUCUCGGCCGGCCAAAGCGGCGCCCUUCUUCCCGGCCACUCCCAUUUCUCUUGAUUUUCCCCCUUGUCAUUAUCGAUCUGCAGCAGCCAUAUUAGAAGAGAGACAUCCCUAAAAAUGGCCGACCAAGAGACCUUCCCACCUCCCCAGCGAGCAGCAACUUACACGCUGCCACUGCGACCUCGAAUGGACGGCAGCGACGCGAGAGAAUUCAGCUUGGGGCCAAUGGCCGGCACCCCAGACGCACAACACGACCCGGCCGCAGUGCCCCGGGGCUUAGCCUCGCCAGACAUAUCCGUGGAAUUCGCUGGCGAUCACCACCUCGACAGCAGCUCUGAUAAGCCAGAGCUGUUACAUCCUCGCUCUGCGCCCCCUCACGUGCAGCACUUCCAGAGCCCUCUGAGGCACCACAAACGGACACCUUCGGUUCAUCGUGAGAUCAAAGAGACGCUCAACGCUCAUUCAGAGUACACAAGUGACGAUUCUGACGGCCGCUCUCACUUUCGCGUCAACCAGUAUGUCAUUAAGGAGGAGAUUGGGCGCGGGUCGUAUGGGGCCGUCCACCUUGCUACUGAUCAGUUUGGGAAAGAAUAUGCCGUGAAAGCCUUCUCCAAAGCCCGUCUCCGCAAACGCAUACAAUCCAACAUACUCCGUCAUGGUCCGAGAUCACUCGGCCGCUUCCCCUCCCGGGCUCCCUUUGGCGCCCCUGAUCUCCCCAUUGCCCGGUUGACAGACCAGCGAGCAAAGGAAGCGCAGGACCCCCUCUUUCUUAUUCGUGAAGAGAUCGCCGUCAUGAAAAAGCUCAACCAUCCCAACCUAGUCCAGCUCAUUGAGGUGCUCGACGACCCCGAAGAAGACACCCUGUACAUGGUGCUGGAGAUGUGCAAGAAGGGUGUUGUCAUGAAAGUUGGUUUGGGCGAGUCAGCCGCGCCGAUUGAUGAAGAGCAGUGUAGGCAUUGGUUCAGGGACUUGAUCCUGGGUGUUGAAUACCUGCAUUCUCAGGGUGUAGUCCACAGGGAUAUCAAACCCGACAACUUGCUCCUCAACGAAGACGACGUUCUCAAAAUUGUCGACUUUGGCGUCUCGGAGAUGUUUGAGCAGUCCACCGACAUGAAGACAGCCAAGAGCGCCGGGUCACCGGCUUUCUUACCUCCUGAGCUCUGUGUUGCCAAACAUGGUGAUGUGUCCGGCAAGGCAGCUGAUAUCUGGUCUAUGGGCGUAUCACUGUACUGUCUCCGCUACGGCAAGAUCCCGUUUGAAAAGUUUGGAGUAUUGGAUAUGUACGAAGCUAUCCGGACAGAAGCCCCCUUCAUUCCCGAGGGCGAGAACCCUUUAUUUGUCGACCUGAUGGGGAGGUUAAUGGAGAAGGACCCAGAGAAAAGAAUCACAAUGGAGGAACUUCGGAACCACCCCUGGGUCACCAAAAACAACUCCGACCCCCUCCUCCCCACAGAUGAAAAUUGCACCGACCCCGUCGACCCCCCUAACCCGUUGGAAGUAAACCACGCUUUCACCCGGCGAAUGUCACAUCUCAUCUGUGUGAUGAAGGCGAUUCGCAAAUUCAAGUCGUUGCUCUCUACGAAUCCCAAGCCGCCAGGGUCACCAUACCAUCACUCCCCUCGCCCAUCUGACACGGCUGAUUUUGCCGCUUCUAUUUUACGUGAGAGGCAGCAGUUUCUUCAGUCUCCACCUCCACACCUCAUCCCACCCUCAACACCACCCCAACCUUUGCUGCUGGGUAUCGGCACUGGCGGAUUGGAUACGUUUAGCAGCAGUCAUGAUGAUGCGGGACUGGGAGGGGACCUUGGGAUCGUGGCGGACAGCCCGACGGCGGCGGAUUUCAACAUUUAUGAUAGGGCUUUUGAUAAGGAGGUGGAGAGGAUUAAGGGGAUGAAGAGUAGGGAUGGGGACGGAGGGACGACGAUUUAUCAUACGAGGUUUAAUGACCCCGAAGAGAAAAAGGAGGGGCUUUGGGGGUUGUUUAAUAAGACUGCUCAGCAGCAGAAGAGGAAGGAUGAGGGCAUUAGUGGGUUUGCGGAGUUGGUCAGGACUGCUGUCGCUAGGGAGAAGGAGAAGGAGAAGGAAAGCAAGAAGGGGGCUGGUGGGGAGGAGGAGAAGCCAGUGGGAGAAGGGGACCAAGGCAAGACGGAGUGAUGUACAGUCAAAGUUUGAAAGGGGUAGGUGGGAAAGUUUUGCCAUUGGGUAUUUUACAACAGCGAAAACAGCGGCUCAGGAUAAUUCACAAGGAAGAGAAGUGGAAAAAGAAGGGGAUAUUGAAGUUUCAAGCGAGGGGUUAAGAUGAGGACAAGCAGCGAAGUAGUAGCAUUAAUACCACAACAAAGGGGUGGGGAGGGGUGAACGGGGUUAGUAUAACCAAGCGAGUGUGUUUCUUAUUAUUGUUUGACUUUUUGGGGCAGGAUUGUCGUUGUUAUGUGUCAGGUUGGAUCUCUGACGGUUGCUAUAUCUCUUUCUGUCAUUGGUGGAAAGCGAAUGAUGCACACAUUAAAGGCGGCUGCCGGUGGUGGUUUUGAUACCUGGAUAGUUUGACAAGUUUGGCUUUGGAAUACCUUGUUUUUUCAUUUUUA